GUCACGCAAAUGUAAUGUCAUUGACCGACUUAUCACACGUAGGGUUUCUAAUUGGAUUAUGGUUAUUACUAAAAAUCGGUUUUGGUGUUAAUUUUGUUAACUGAAAAUACAAUUAGUCACCAAAAUGUGGAUAGACGAGGCGGACGGCUUUGCCGAGAUUUUUAAGGGCUACCUGCCCUAUUAUUUGCUUGUGGCUCUGCCUAUUUUUAUCAUAAUGUCUCCUGUUAACCCGGUUGCGGCUUCUCAUGAGUUUUCCGUGUAUAGAAUGCAACAUUACGACUUACACACUGUUCCCCACGGAUGCCGCAGCGCCAGCUUCAAUCUUGAAGGUCGUUCCCUAACAUCAUGGAGCACAUCUCGUCACUGCGUGGUCGCCAGGGUUCAGGACAUCACCAUUGAUCAGUUCAUGGAGAUCCGCAGUAAAGCAGGAGCCUUGCUGCUGGUGCUGCCUAAGAACGAUACCGUUCUUACGGUUGAAGAGAAAGAGCACAUCCAACUCCUGGAGAUGGCAAUGAUCCAGCAGGAAGUGAAUGCUCCCGUCUACUUCGCUCGCUGGACUCCAGAAUUUGAGGAUAUUCUCCGAGACCUGCAGCACAGCUUUAUUACCGAUGACAAAUCUGGAACGGCACUGGAAGCCAUGUUGAACACUGUGUCUUCUAAUGGCUAUCAGAUUGUGGUAUCAGCGUCAACUCCUCAGAAACUGGACUCAAAACCGGUGACCUUGCAUGGAAAGCUGGUGGGUCGGUCAGGAUCAGCUCAGACUAUCGUCAUUGCAGCUCACUAUGAUUCCUCAGCUAUUGUUCCGGAGUUAUCCCAAGGCGCAGACUCAAACGCAUCAGGCGCAGUUGCAGUACUAGAACUAGCUCGAAUCUUCUCCCGGCUGUACUCGACGGCGUCAGUCAGAGGUGCACCGUCGCUACUGUUCGUGCUGACGUCAUUAGGACACUCACUCAAUUACUUCUCCGCUAAGAAGUGGCUUGAGGAACAGUUGGAUUCUACUGACGCGUCGUUGUUGCAAGACGUAUCCUUCGUAAUGUGCCUGGACUCCCUCUCGUCAUCCGACAGCAUGACGAUGCAUGUCUCCAAGCCGCCCAAACCGGGCGGAGCCGCGCAUUCACUCAAGUCAAGACUGGGAGUCAAUAUUAACCACAAGAAGAUCAACCUAGCUGAUGAACUGUUGGCAUGGCAGCAUGAAAGAUUCAGUAUUAGACGGAUGACUGCUUUCACGUUAAGUUCUCUACAGAGUCACAAGGACCCAUCCCGCAGCACAGUACUAGACCUCCCCUCAGAGGCUGGCAUCAGGAACUUGGCCGCCAACAUCGCGGCGACUGCGCGGGCGCUGGCCUCGCAUGUGUACAACCUGACUGACGAGCUCAACGAUGAGGAUCGAGCCUUGUAUGAUGAUGCACUGGGCGUGGAUGAGGCGUCAAUAAGACAUUGGUACAAGUACUUAUCGUCGCAGUCGAGAGCGCCACAGAUUAUCACCACUACACCACCCGGCGCAGGAGUGACAGGCGCGCUAUCUCGUGCACUAUCCCGCUACAUGGAGGUGUCGACGUCGGUGCACGCGGUGGACAAGCGCGAGCCCGAGUACGCGCUCUACGGCGCCACACGAGCCGCGCUAUAUGUAUACAGUGUAAAACCAGCAGUAUUCGACCUAAUACUGACACUAGCGAUCGUAGCAUACCUAACCGUGGUAUACUUCGCGAUCCAACUAUUCCCUCGCUUCUACGAAGAAUACGCGAAGAUAGUCACGGGCAAAUCCAAAGUACACUAGUUUAGUCUCAUGUGGUGUGGUAAGUGUUUUCUGACCUUUAUUUGUAGCUGUGUUAAUGACGUGUAUAGGUGACAGUCGCUAGAUGUAGUGUUGGGGGUAGUUAGAAAAUAUGACUGGUGUGUUAUCGAUUUAAAAUUUGGAUUUUUUGUAAGAAGUAUCAAAAGUUAUUGCCUAGUUUUUGAACAACGCCAAGAUUAAUACAUGAUAUAGUUAUCGGCACGAAUCUUGAGCUCUGACCUUCACAUGCGCAGAAGUAAUUUAUUGGGUCCCUUUUGUGGUCAUAGCCGUCACUCGGGAUUGGUUCUUUGCUAAUAAAUCACUUCUGCGCAGAUGUAGGACAGAGCUCAAGAUUCGUGCCGAUAGCUAUAAGUACUUUAAAACAUGUUUUUUGGCUCAAACUCCACCAAAGCGGAGCGAGGAAUUUUUAAAACAUCAUCAUCUCCCGAGCCUUUUCCCAACUAUGUUGGGGUCGGCUUCCAGUCUAACCGGAUUCAGCUGAGUACCAGUGUUUUACAUGGAACGACUGUACACUGUGACUGGGCAGUAGAAUUUUUCUUCUAUGAAUACUACUGAGUCGGUGGAGAUGAGAAAUUAUAAAUAACGAAAUUCUAUUUGUUGUUUAAAAACUCACAGUUACCAGGAAAAUCGCCAGUUUUAAAUCGAUAUCUCUAAAAGGAUUGGUUCUAUGUAUCAAAAGAAGUUAACAUGUUGAAAUGUUGUUACAAUUUAUGUAUUUAUCUCAAAUUAGUUUCAAAGUACCUGUACACUUCACUGGCGUAGCUUUUAUCCUAAACUUUGAGGAAAAGGUAUGUGACUUUGUAAACUAGUAAUCUAAUUUCUAUGUACUACAUUUGUUCUCAAGUAUGAGUGUGGGUUCGAUUCCAGGUCAAGCAAGUACCAAUGCAACUUUUAUAUGUUUGUAUGUACGUUCUAAGUAUCUUGUAUAUUAUAUGUUUCGAAGGGCACGAUACACUGUAAGUCCCGGCUGUUAUUUAAUUGAACAUCUCUUCAAAUACAAAUAGCUCUUAGAAAAAAAUUGGAACCGAGUUCUGUCCUGUAGGUGUAUGUAUUUCGUAUAUCUAACACUAAAAUUAAAUGAAAAUAAAAUAUAAAACAUUCAAAUGUCCUGGUAAAUUACGAAUUUAUGCUUUUAUAAUGUAGUACAUAGAAGUUAUUUUAUUAAUAAAAUCGGCAAUACUCUCGUUACCACAUUUCCCGCACCACGGUAAAGUCAAUCCUAGUAAUAAGUGUUGAACAAUUUCAUUUACAUACUAAAGAGUAAGUUUUCACAAAUAAUUUAUGAGAAAAAAGUAAAAGAAUAAUUUUCAAUAAUAUUGUUUAUUUAUAAAGCAGACUAUAUUGUUAACUGGUGGGAUAAGUAUUGCCAGUGGAAUUAAUUUUUAAAACCUCCAAAAAACCUUGUCUGUGGGUCAAAUUUUGCCAGUCGAACAUUUACCUUACUCUAUUGUGAUAAGGUUGAAAAUCUAUUGAAGUAAUUUGACAGAUUUAGGUAGGUUGAUAUGCUGUCGUUUGUACCUACUUUGAGUCACGUAAUCUAUGGUGGUUGCUAACAGUUUGGUACUUUUAUAAUUUUCAAAGCAUAAACUUGCCACAUGAAAAAAUAAUUUAAUCUAAAAUGGCGUCUGUAUUCCACUGGCAACACUUAGUCCCACCAUCUUGAAAAGUGGAAGAGUUCUUUAUUUUUGAAUUACAGCAGUUUACCAAGAAGUCUAUAUCGUACAUAGAAUAAGGUCGAAAGCAAUAUUUCCAAGAUUACAAAUUAAGAAUAAAUAAAUAAAUAAAAUGUGAAAGAUAUAAUUUAUUGAAAAAGAUGCGUGUAUUUAUCUCAGCUAAGUAUUACUCUGAUUUCGAGAUGUCCAUUAUGCCAAAUUAUUAUAAAUUAAUUUAUUGAUUAUUUUUCUGAUUUUUGUAAAGGCAACGAAGAGGAUACAUUGCAUUUUUUUACGUUAUGUAAAAUUGAGUCGAAUUUUUUAGGUACAUGAAAACUCAUUGUAAUCGUAGAAUGAAUUGGUUCUAUAUUUAAAAUUCAAACUGUUUUCCUCAAGUAGGUCAGCAGAAAAGUUUCUUUUACUGCAAACUUUGUUUUGUUGAAUAAUAGUUUUUAUAAUAUAAAUACAGAUAUGUUUAUAAAUAUACAGUGGUUUUGUUGACCGUCCUUGAAGCUUGAAGUUCCUUGUACAGAUUGCAUUUGUGCUUCUUUAUUCCCGUGCAAAUUAUUUUCUACCGCUUGGUGUCAACUUUUGAUCAAACAAAAUUAGACUUUAUUCUACAGCAAUUAAGGUUGGUUUUGGCUUACUCAGACUUCGAGGGAAGAAGUGCUUUGGCAAGCUCUUAGGAUUAGAAAAAUACAUUUUUGAUCUCCUUUUACAACAAAAAACUGCCAAAAUCGGCCAAAGGCGCUUCGACCACAGAGGCUGACCCCAAAAGAGUAAAGUAAUUUUACUACCGAGUUAAAUUAUUAUAUCUUCUUUGAAAGUAAGA